AUGGCUUAUAUUCUUCGGUUUCGAAAGCUUUUCUUUCUUGAGCCUGUCAAUUAUUCUUCAUCUGAUCAACCAAAAACUGAUGAGAAGAAAUCAAAUGAAACGCCUAACGUUGAGAGUGAAAAUCAAGGUGCUGUUUCUCAGGUGUUAGAAGGGAACCCUAAAAGGAAGAAGCAGAAUAAACAACCAAAAGAAUGGAGGCGCAUGGAUUCAUGCUGUUGGAUAAUUGGGUACAUGUGCACCACCUGGUGGUUGCUCUUGUUUCUAUUUCAUUGUUUGCCUGGUAAUUUGCCUGGACUUAAGGUGCCCGAGCCGCCCGGAUCGAGGCUGAAGCGUGAAGGCCUGACCGCGCUCCAUCCCAUUGUCUUGGUGCCAGGCAUUGUCACCGGAGGACUGGAGCUCUGGGAGGGAAAGCCUUGUUAUGAUGGUCUUUUCCGCAGGCGGCUUUGGGGCGGUAGCUUUACAGAGAUUUUCAAGAGGCCUACGUGUUGGUUGGAGCAUCUAUCUUUAGACAAUGAAACAGGACUUGAUCCGCCAGGGAUUCGGAUUCGGGCUGUCCCGGGACUGGUUGCAGCUGACUAUUUUGCUCCUGGAUAUUUUGUAUGGGCUAUUCUUAUAGAGAAUUUGGCACGCAUUGGCUAUGAGGGGAAGAAUAUGUAUAUGGCUGCUUAUGAUUGGAGAUUAUCCUUUCAAAAUACAGAGAUAAGGGACCAAACACUUAGUAGAUUGAAGAGCAAAAUUGAGCUUAUGUAUGUAACAAAUGGCAAUAAAAAAGUGGUGGUGGUGCCUCAUUCAAUGGGGGUAAUCUAUUUUCUCCACUUUCUUAAAUGGGUUGAAUCACCUCCACCCAUCGGAGGAGGUGGUGGCCUUGGUUGGUGUGCCAAACACAUUAAGGCAAUAAUGAACAUCGGUCCGGCGUUUCUUGGCGUUCCGAAAGCUGUCAGUAAUAUCCUGUCUGCUGAGAGUAAAGAUGUCGCUUUUAUGAGAGCUAUGGCUCCAGGUCUUUUAGAUUCCGAAUUUCUCGGCUUUCAAACUUUAGAGCAUGUCAUGCGCGUCUCAAGAACAUGGGACUCCAUAAUUUCUUUGAUACCUAAAGGAGGAGAGACCAUUUGGGGUAACUUGGAUUGGUCUCCAGAAGAAGGCCAUGUAUGUGAUUCAGCAAAAAAAAAGUACAAUAAUGGGAAGAAUGAAAAUAAUAGUGAAGGAGGGACCAGUUUCCGAGUACAAGAACUAACAAAGUAUGGACGGAUUAUUUCUUUUGGGAAGGCAUCAUCGGACUUGCCGUCUUCACACCUCCCUGUUCUUGGUUCUGAGGAAUUUGUUCACGGUGAUAGCUCCCCAAAUUCCUACUCAUCGUGUGGCAAUGUAUGGACGGAAUAUAAUGAGAUGAGCCAGGAAAGCAUCCAAAAAAUUGCUGAGAACAAAGCAUACACUGUGAGAACUCUAUUGCAUCUACUUCACUUUAUUGCUCCAAAGAUGAUGAAGCGGGCUGAAACUCACUUCUCACAUGGAAUAGCUGAUGACCUAGACGAUCCAAAGUACAACCAUUAUAAGUACUGGUCUAAUCCACUUGAGACGAAGUUGCCUGAUGCUCCAGAUAUGGAAAUUUACUGUCUAUAUGGGGUCGGAAUUCCUACUGAAAGAUCUUACGUGUACAAACUAUCACCCCCUGGUAGGUGCAAGACCAUUCCUUUACAAAUCGACAGCUCAGCAGAAGGAAGUGACAAUGGAUGCUUAAAGGGUGGAGUAUACUUUGCAGAUGGAGACGAGAGUGUACCAGUUUUGAGUGCGGGUUUCAUGUGUGCAAAAGGGUGGAAAGGAAAAACACGCUUCAACCCAUCUGGCAUUGCUACAUACAUAAGAGAGUACGAGCACAAGCCACCAGCUAGUUUGCUUGAAGGGAGAGGACUAGAAAGUGGUGCACAUGUCGAUAUAAUGGGAAAUGUUGCCUUGAUUGAGGAUAUUUUACGAGUAGCUGCUGGAGUAUCCGGUGCAGAGUUAGGGGGUGACAGGAUUCAUUCCGAUAUCAAGAAAAUGUCUGAGAAAAUAAAUAUUCGACUUUAA